AGGAGACCUCUGCAAACUCAUCUUCCAUAGCCAAAAUUCGAGCUCAAGCCAUAGGGUUCCAAGAAGGAAGAUUAAAGAGGGAAAAAGUUGGGAAAAGUGUGAAUAAUUAAGGCACUUGUAAAGGGUAUCUCAAGUGAUUUCACAAAGUUGGAAAAGUCGCCGGAGUUUUCGCCGGAGUUGACCAAAAGUCGCCGGAGUUUCACCGGAGUUCAACCAAGAAGGGUAGAACUUCAUACGCUAGUUCAAGGUUGAAGCUAGGGCUUGCCACCUGCACCUUCCUACGGGUGACAUCAAAUCAAGGAAGACGUGGUUCGUGCUUCCUCAUUUUAUUUCAAAUUACCAACCAUUGCUCAUGGAUAUUUUUAUUUGCUAUAAACUAUUCUUUUGGGGCUUGCAUGCCCAUGUUAUUGGCCGGUUGUGGCUUAUGACUUACCGUUGAAUAUUUCCGCUAUUCAUUGGUUUAAAUGUGAUGUUGUUAUGUAUGUUUACUACUGAGUAUGGAUGGAUUAUUUUUCUCGAACGCCUUGUGUAAUCAAGUGAGGUUGACUCGCGGGUGACAUCACUUGAUUUCACGGCGGUUGUACACGCGCUUGGAUUGCGGUCUGGGGCGUGACAAUUAAGUGGUAUCAGAGCCAUCUCAGUUCUAAACUAUAUAAUCAACCUCUCACAAAAGAUUUUACAAAAGAGUUCUUACCGAAAACCAUGAGCAUUGUAUUUUAACGUUUAUAGGACUAUUGGUGCUUAAGUUGCAAGGCCUCUAAUUGUUAAGACGGUACCCUUAACAAUUGGUAUGGUGGUGACUUGGGUCGAUACGUGUCUAUAACGUUUUUCUGUCAAUUGACAUUCAUAGGAGUCUAAAGACUCGUCCAAAUUCCGUUUCAGAAAUGGAGGGUAAGCGAAUGGCAACAAGAAAUGACCCUAAGGGACAAGCGUCGGUAGCUUACCUUGAGGCUAGCCGGGCUGUGUCACGAGCCUUUACGGGGAGAGGAAUAGGCCAUGGGGGCCGUGAGGGCCGCCAAGCGGCAAACGCUAAUCAAGUGGGCUCGAUGUGUAACAUGAACACCAGGAGGAACGAACGUAGGCGUCAGGCGAGGCGAGAUCGGGCCACCUCCCAACGUGAUAUGACUGUCAGCCAAACCCAUCCUUGGGCAAACGACCAAGGAGGAGAAAGCACUCUUACGGCACCGGCAUCACCGGUGAAAAAGAAAAGGAACUCAAAGUGGCACACGUCCUUUCCUUACUCCUUAAGACCAUCCAAAUGUUUUAAUUGCUCUAAGAAACAUUUUGGAAAGUGCAACGAGCCCCCGAUGUGCUACAAAUGUGGGAGCACAACCCAUAUGAAAUUAAGUUGCCCAUGGAGGAGGCAACGAGAGACAUUGCAAGCCGAGGAAGGGCUCACCGUGGAAGGAAACCAUACGGAACCAACGAUGAGCAACGCUACGUCCGUCAAUCAAGGCGGGGCCCAAGCAAGGGUCUACGCAAUGACCGAGGCGGAUGCGAGAGCAAACCCGGACUCCGUUGCAGGUUGAAGCUAGGGCUUGCCACCUGCACCUUCCUACGGGUGACAUCAAAUCAAGGAAGACGUGGUUCGUGCUUCCUCAUUUUAUUUCAAAUUACCAACCAUUGCUCAUGGAUAUUUUUAUUUGCUAUAAACUAUUCUUUUGGGGCUUGCAUGCCCAUGUUAUUGGCCGGUUGUGGCUUAUGACUUACCGUUGAAUAUUUCCGCUAUUCAUUGGUUUAAAUGUGAUGUUGUUAUGUAUGUUUACUACUGAGUA